AUGACAAGAGAUAGGUUUAAUUCAGAAGGUUUUGUGAAUGUCAAGCUUAGGCUGAUUCGGAAUCGAAACACAGAUGGAAUAAGAUACAAUCUCUCCAUUGCUUCUAAAGUUACUGCACUUAUUCCUGGAGAUAUUGAUCCUGAUAAUCUUGAAAGAGAUAUUAUAUUAGAAACACAAAGUGGAUUAUUGAGACGAAUUAGUGAAUUAUACACUGCAUACUUACCUUUGCAGUAUUCGUUACUUUUUUCAUAUGGUGAAGAUGGAUAUAGAGACGAUGUUCCACUGAGAGAGCAAGAGGGUACUUCAUCAAGAAAACGAAAUAAAGUAACAAGGCGACAAUUUUUUACAUAUAGGAUUCAAGACAGGAAUUUUGAAGCUGACACAAUAUUAUGCUCUAGGAAAUUAUUCCAACAGUUCAUUGUUGAUGCUUACACUAUGGUUGAAUCGCAAUGA